AUGGUGGAGGUUACGAAUAUGCCAGGCUGGCUCCCUUCAGGGGAAUUCCAUUACGAGUUCUCGGCGGAGCGCCAGGCCGAAAUCGAUGAAAUUAACGAACAGAAUGACUGGCUUGCUGAGAUAUGCGAUACGGAGCGAGGAUGGUGGGGACGAGAGGUGAGGAUUGAGGAACACUUCCAGCGGCUUUUUAUGUCGCUGGGCUAUGCGGCGCAACGUAUGCCCUGUUUGAAAAGCCUGAAAUUUGGAGUCGAUGAGGACGACCACUUUAAUCUUGAAUUCCAGAACGCUGACGAGAAUACCUUGGAAUGGCAAUCUAAUUAUGAAUUUCGGCCAGAUAGUCGGGUUGCGAAGGCUUGGGGAUUUGGCCUGGAUGACGUGAAUAUGGAAGAUCAAAGCCCGGUGAUUUGUACUGUGAAAUUCCUAGACUCGCCGUCUAAUGAACCUAAAUCAAGGCUUCUUGAUUAG